AGCUAGUAUAGGAUACUCCCAUGUACCCAGUGAUUAAGCAUCAUAAAGCUGUAAUGAUUGAUAGCCUCUCUUUCUAUCACGCCUUAAUUCCAUAUAAUUAUCUAUUAAUUAAUUAAUACCCACAUGAUUCUUCACCGUGCCCCUGUUUCCAAAAAUGCGAGAAUGAUCUCAACACUCAUCGGCCGCUCUGGUCAGAUAUAUAAACCAGUUCGCGUUAUCUACAAACACCCAAACAAAAAGCCCGAAUUCAACAUUUAUCUAGCCUCUGGGUGAGUUUCAAAAUCCUAAUAUCUUAUGCUUCUGUCGCACAACUACCGACUGUAUGUACCAGGCUAAUCUGAGCAAUGCUCUAGAAAGGAUAAUACGGCGUUUGUUUUAAAGCCUGUUACUCGCUCGGUUUUUGAGCAUUCACAAGAGCUCAAGCGGGAAUUUGGCAUCGUUCGUCAAAUACGACAUCAUGUAGAUGAAGACGGGGGGAAACAUAUACUUGUCUACGACUAUGCCGCAUCCAACGUACUUGAAAUGAUAAAUGACUGACCUCCUCUUCCUCUACAAGCAAGAAGGACAAUCCUUAAAGAGGUUUGCCUGGCACUGAAAGCUAUGCACGCGAGAAAUUGGAUACACCUUGGUAGGUUAUCUUUAUCUAUUUGCGAUUUUUGCCCAAAGCUAUCUGCUGAUCUCACUGUUGUGCUCUAGAUGUGAAGCCUGAUAACAUCUUCAUCGAUUGGUUUGUUAAUAUGGAAACUAAAUUCUACCUCGAGAAGGUACAAUUUGGCGAUUUAGAUUGUGCUUUGAAGCUCGUAGGCAUGAAUCUUCUAAACCAUAAGAUAGGAAAUGUGAUGUGGCAAAGUCCAGAAGGACAACUGCGAGGGGAAUGGGGAAGCAUUCAGAGGUGUUUUCUUCGGGCUUCUGGUGAGUCAGCCCUUCAAUCCUUACAGAAUCCUAUUCUCUAACAAAUAUGGUUCUCCCAGUGUCUUUUUGUGCUCACAGGUGUAGAAUCAUAUCACCUCGACUUUGAAAGUCUACCUAUAGAACCGGAGCGGGUGAUUUUAUACAAGUUGCUAUCGAACUUUGGGCCGCUUCCAGAUGCGCUCGUACAGCAUAUUGAUGAUGAGAAAGGAGGCGAGCUCUUGAAGGAUCUUUGGAAAAUGAUUGAGGAGGAUGAGGAGCGAGCUGAAGGGUAAGAGCAUUUUGAGCAAUGGACUGAGACUGAUUAUCCUAAUCUCAAUGAGGAUGCAAAGAGGUUGAUACUGAGAAUGACGAAUCUGGAUCCCGGAAAGAGAGCGGAGAUGGCUGAUAUCAUGACGGAUUCUUACUGGGAUGGGGUUGGUUCUGAGGGUAUUUUUGACACUGAGGAGUGUUUUAAAGAUGAAUGAUGCAAAUUAGUGGUUUUAUUUGUGAUAAUGAAAUGACUAUUGAAUGCUCUAUAAGAGUGGCGUUCCUUUUGCAUAACAACAAUCCU